AUGGAAGAUGCCUCGACAAAUGUCACCCAUGCCGCGCGCCUGGUGCAGCUGCUCAAGAUCCAAGGCUUCAGCGCCACAGAGCACAUGAAGAGCGGUAGUUGCACUUACAUUCCAUCCGCCACAGAGCACAUGAAGAGCGAUAGUUGCAAUUACAUCCCAUCCAGAUGGACCGUCAAUGGGUACGAGUGGGAAGUCCUACUCAAGCCCUUACUGGUACCAAGGAUCCCAGCUGAAGAGGUUCCCGUGCCAUCCUCCAACCUGCACCAGCACCUCGGCGAGAUCCUGCAGAGCAAGAUGGGAUCCGAUGUCACGUUCCUUGUAUGCCAGGAGUCAUUUCAUGCGCACAAGAACAUACUCGCCGCCAGGUCUCCUGCUUCCAAGGCCCAGUUCUUUGGAGAAAUGAAAGAGAAGAGCUCGCGGCGUGUCGAGAUCAUGGACAUGGAGCCGGAAGAAAUCGGAGCCAUGCUCCACUUCAUCUACACUGACACGAUCCCUAAACUAGAAAAGCAGGAGGAGGCGUCGACGGUGAUGGCUCAGCAUCUGCUGGCAGCCGCUGACAGGUAUGGAGUUGAUAUGCUCAAGCUGAUAUGCGAGGCCAAGCUCUCUGGUGGCAUCACAGUGGACACGGCAGCAACAACUCUGGCCUUGGCCCAGCAACACAAUUGUUCACGGCUCAAGGCCAAGUGCGUCAAGUUCAUUGUCAGCACUCCUGAAGUUCUUGACGCUGUCCUGGCAACGGAGGGGUAUAAGCACCUGGAGGCAAGCUGCCCUUUGGUGCUAACUGAGCUUCUCAAGUCUGCCCAUGGGAGGAAUGCAGAAGCGUAG